AUGGCAGCAGCAAUUGCCAUUCCAUAUGCUCGCGAUGACUAUACUGUUGGGUGGGUAUGUGCGCUACCAACAGAGCUCACAGCUGCAAUAUACAUGCUCAAGGAGAGACACCCAGACCUCAAACUGCCAAGGGGUGACUCCAAUGCCUAUAUUCUUGGAAAGAUGGGCGAACACAACGUUGUCAUUGCCGGCCUACCCAAAGGCAGAACUGGCACUACUAGCUCUGCAACAGUGGCGGCUCAGAUGAUAUCUAGCUUUCCAAACAUCAAAGUUGGCCUAAUGGUGGGCAUCGGUAGUGGCAUCCCUCAGAAGGUCUGGCUUGGAGAUGUGGUCAUCAGCGCUCCCGUCGAUGAUCGGCCUGGUGUGAUUCAAUGGGAUAUGGGUAGAGCAGAAGACAAGGGCUUCGUUCAGACGGGGUCUUUGAAUCCUCCUGCGAAGCUCCUCUUGAGCUCCCUAGCCAAAUUUGAGGCCGAACAGAUAAAAGUUCAUGCCAGUAUGAUGGAAUCUCUGGCUAAACAAGUGCCUGACUAUUACUUCAAAUCACCACAGCCUAAAGAUAUUGCCUAUGAGUCGACCUAUCAGCAUGUCAGCGGAAAUGACUGCAGCCAAUGUGACGAUAAUAUGGCUUUGAAGAGAGAGCCGAGAAAGCGUCACGGGCUACACUAUGGGCUUGUGGCAUCGGGCAAUCAAGUGAUUAAGAGCGCCGAGCAGCGUGACAAGCUCUAUCGCCAAUUUGACGAAAAGAUCUUAUGUAUCGAGACAGAAGCCGCUGGACUUAUGAACGACUUUCCUUGCAUCGUUAUUCGCGGCAUCAGCGACUAUGGAGACUCACAUACAAAUGUGGCAUGGCAAGAAUACGCCGCCGCAGCGGCCGCAGCUUGCGCAAAGACAUUCCUCGAUGUCGUACCUGUGAGCGAGGUUGAUAAAUUGGAAGCGGUGAAAAGUAAGUACAUGUUUCAUAUACCAUUUAAGAGAUGA